GACUGAAUAGAGAAUCUUUCGUUUUCAAAUUAUACGACUUAACAGUAAGACAGAACGGGCCUUUUAUUCUGAAAUAAUAUAACUCUGCGAUUUAUCGAGUGCAGUUUUUAAUUCUCAGUAGCAUGUACAUAUAUGGAUUAUAAAUUUGAAUUAUCUAAUCGUUACGCGCAAGAGCGCUGCCUAGACAAGUCCUCUGUUAACGAGAGAUAACGGCGAAUGGUGGUGGUCACAUGUACUAUUUGUCUUUUUCUAAAUUUAGCACAACGCAUUCGUCCGAGGCAAAGUUUUUGUCCAUAAACAUGAACGAUGUCUUCGUGUGUGUCUCGAAGACGUUAGGGCGAUAACAUCCACAUGACGUUCUCGUGAAUCACCGAAGUAACGUCACCAUGGUCUCUACAGCCCCAUUUGUUUUGUUAUUUCUCUUCUUGCUCAACGCUGAAGCCGGUGUACUGAGUGCUGAAUAUCCAAAGUUACUGGUUGUUUCCUACGAUGCGUUCAGAUACGACUAUUUCGAAAGAAACUUGACACCGUUCAUGAGCCAGUUGAAAGCAAAAGGUACUCAUGCGGACUACAUGAUGAAUAUCUUUGUCACCAAGACAUUUCCCAAUCAUCACACAAUGGCAACAGGAUUUUAUGCGGAAACACAUGGGGUUGUAGAUAACGAGUUUUAUGAUUAUUCCACACAAAAUAUCUCAAAAUAUUCAUAUAAUCUAUUUCAUUACAACAAGAAUAUUCUUCCUAUUUGGACUAUCAAUGAAAAAAGUGGCAAAGGUAGACAUAGCGGUACAAUGAUGUGGCCAGGUUCGAUAUAUGAGUAUCAAGGUAUAACGCCUACUUUUACAAAGAAAUUCAACAUUACAAUGUCGUUUGAGGAUAGAAUUGAUACUCUGAUAUCAUGGUUUAUACAUCCUACGAACCCGAUAAACUUUGGUAUAUUGUAUAUCGAGGAACCAGAUUACCAUGGGCAUGCCAUAGGAAUUAAUAAUCUAGAAUUUAAUAAAAUUCUGCAAAAACUAGACAAUAUUACAAAAUAUCUGCAUGAUAAAAUAGAUUAUUAUGGUUUGACUGAUCUUAAUAUAAUUCAUUUGAGUGACCAUGGCAUGGCAUCUGUUACAAUGGAAAGAAUAAUAAAUUUAACAAAUUAUGUCAACGCUAGUGAUUAUACUUCAGUGGGGACAUCUCCAGGACUGCAUAUUUUUCCAAAUCCUGGGAGAGAAGAGCAGAUUUAUCAAAAAUUAAAAUCUGCUGCGGAACAGACGAAAACGUUUAAAGUAUACAAGAGAGAAGAUAUCCCAAAAAAGUAUCAUUACGGUAACAACACUCGUAUAGGACCCAUUUUUGUUAUAGCUGAAGUGGGAUAUGCAUUUCAGAAUCUUUAUGAUACCAUAGAAAUCUACAAAAGGAGGUUCAACAUUACAGUUAACAAUCAAACAGAAUUUGGAUUGCAUGGCUACAACAAUGAGGAUGUACAGAUGCAUCCGUUCUUUUUUGCAAGCGGGCCCGCCUUCAUACCGGGGUGCAAAUUAGAUCCUUUUAACAAUACAGAUCUAUUUCCUUUAUUUUGUAAAAUACUUGAUUUGGAGUGUCCCGCAGUUAAUGGUACUCUAUUACAUGUAACAAAGUGCCUUAGGACACAUUCGACGUAUAUUGCAUCAUUUCCAUCUAGCAUAAUCAUAACUGCCUCAAUUCUUUGUGUAUUGACGGUAUUAGCGUUAUUUAUAUGGAACAUAAAGUAUUGGAGGAAACGAGGAUCAGGUUUUAUCAAUAUAGAAGAAAGCGAAAAUCAAUACAGGUUAUAAGGUAAAUCAAUAUAGAGAACGAAUGUAUCGAUGAAAAUUAAUGUAUUCUGAAUAAGGUUUAGAGAUUCCUCAUUUUUCUUAUGUUAAUAAUAUUAUCAUCUUGUUGAAUUGGCGAAAUAAAAUGGUAAUAACAUUUGUACGGACAUGACAAGAUAAUCUUACGUUUCCGGGAAUUUGUUCCUUUUUUUGUACCGGAUAAUAUUGCAAAAUUAUAUCGAUACACAUGACAUUGUUUAUAUUUUUUUUAUUAAUUUUUAAGUUUUAGGUUUAAGAAAUGGAAACUGGAAGUAUUGUGUAUAAUGCAUAUCAUUGUUUCUUGUUUUUUUUUACAAUGAAAGUUAAGUAUUAUUCGAAUGUUCUCAGACCUCAUAUCGGAAACAUGUUAUUAAUUCCUAUGUAAAUAAUUAUGUAUAUUCAGUGAUAAAAAGAUAUUACUUAGAGAUUCUUAGGGAGGGGUUCUUAGCGUUAAUGCAAAUUUUUAGACCUUUUACCGAAUAUGUAAAAAAUUUUUUUAACAUGUAUAGUAAGAGAACACAUACGUAAGCACACGGACGUAGCAAAUUUAUCAAUUUACUAAUAUCAGUAAUAUAAUAUAUAACGUAAUGUAUAAUGUAAUAUAUAAUAUAAGUUUUCUCUAUGUAUGGAUUAAUGAGUGCAUAAUAUAGUUAACAUUUACCUUC